CCCCCCGGUCCCCACAACCGAAUUGCAGUGGUGUGUUUUUUCCCUUCUCUCCCCGCGGCCAGUUGCAUGCAUUUUUCGUCUCCCAAAAUGGUUUGCGAGACUAAAAUUGUUGCGGACGAACACGAUGCUAUACCCGGGACCAAAAAGGAGUCGAUCAUGUGGAGCUCCGCGGCGUCCGCCGGCGCGGCUCUGAGCGCCGCCGAGGCCGCGAAGGACGCGAGGAGGGACGCGGUCUUUAUCCGCGAGUUCGAGCGCGGGGACCGGGAGGAGGUGCGCCGCAUCUUUUACGAGGGCAUCAUGGAGAGGAUACCCAACACGGCGUUCAGGGGGCUCAAGCAGCAGCCCAGGACCCAGUUUUUGUACGCUGUGCUGACAGUAAUGUGCUUUUUCAUGAGCAAGUCCGUGGCGCUGACCUGCUGCGCGCCCCUCAUUCUCAUGGGCGCGCGCUACUUCUACAGCAGGAGAGUCAUCCAGGGCUACCUGGACUGUGCCCUGCACACGGACAUGGCCGACAUAGAGGCGUACUACAUGAGGCCCACAGGUUCCUGUUUCUGGGUGGCCGUGCUCGACGGACGUGUGGUGGGCAUCGUGGCAGCGCAGGGCCGCGAGGACGACAACACGGUCGAGCUGCGGCGCAUGUCGGUGGACUCUCGCUACCGCGGCAAGGGCAUCGCAAAGACACUGGGCCGCCGCGUUCUGGAGUUCGCCGUGCGCAACAACUACGCCGCCGUCGUCCUCGGCACGACGGCCGUCAAGCUGGCCGCCCACAAGCUGUACGAGUCGCUGGGCUUCCGCCGAACGGGCGAGAGCGAGGACUACCGGCUCCCCGGGAUGAGCCGCUCGCCGCUGGAGAGGCUCUUCUUCCAGAUCCGCUACAGCCGCUACCGCCUGCAGCUCCGUGAGGAGUGAGGGGUGACAGGGAGAGGGAGAGAGAUGGAGAGGGGGAGAUGGAGAAAGAGAGGGACAGAUGGAGAGAGAGAGAGAGGGGGGGAGCAACGACCCUCCUCCACCCGAGAGCCCCGACCGCAUCCUCUCCUCCGACAGCUUUUUAUUUAUUUCGUGUCAUUAGAGAUAACUUCAAGUACUACUUAACACUUCUGCUACUUCAUCUUUAAAGUCACUAACGUUUUUAUUACUAUUAUGCUUCUGUUGCUGUUGUUUUUGUAUUAUUCUUUGACUUUUUUUUAAAUAAGAGUUUGUUUCUUUUUCUUCUAUUUUAAUAAUCAAAUUUUUUUUUUUGUACCUUUACCUCCUCCCCUUUUCAUUGCGGGAUUAAAGAAGAAGAAAAAAAAUAUUGGCAUUCACCCGAAGACAUCUAAACGGCAUGCCAACUAGUAGGCAUCCUCCCUGGCCCCUUUGGUUUUCUGCUCAUGUGACUCAGAUCAAUACUUCCUUUCAUUACUAUUCCACAGUGCCCCUCUUUACCCCUCCCCCAUUAACACAAACCUUCCCAUCCCUCCUCACAUCCCCCGUGGCAAGAUUCAACAGGCAGGUUUAUACAUACACGUCACACACACACACACGCGCACACACACACACACACACACACACACACAAAACACACGUCAUUUGGCUUUUAGCCACUCUCCCAAGACGCCAUAUUGCAGCACAGCGGGUGUGUUGUCACUGACCCACCAUAGUGAGAGAGAGAGACAAGGAUGACAGGAAUAUGCAGUGUGUAUCCUGCAUCCUAAUCCAUCUUCCUCACACACACACAAACACACACUCACUCUCCAUUCUCCUCACUAAUUAUCUGAUUGGAUCUCGCCUUCCUAUCCUUUUUUUUUUUCUCUCUCUCUCCCAGAUUUACCAUCAUUUAAUCACUCCUGCUCUCGUCGGAGCUGUGGAGAGGAUCUCUGGUUGGUUGAGGUGAUAGGAGGGCUUUUGCUGCAUGUCAGAGCUUGUGUAUGUGUGUGAUUGUUUGGGAGUGUGUAACCGGUGUGUGUGUGUGUGUGUGUGUGUGUGUGUGUGUGUAUAUUUGACGAGGACAUGGUCGGACAAACCUCAACAGCGUAUGAUGAAAACAUUUAUUGAUUUUUAUUUUGCGUGAACAGAUGCGCAACUUUCUUGCUGAGUCAAAUAUUAUCUUACUAAACAUUACUACUUUCUAUUUGUACUCAAUGAAUUGUUUACCGAUUGAACCGAGAUCAAGCCUAACAUUUUGAAAACGUUUACUAUUUGACUGGUAAUUAGUGAUUUAUAACUUCAAACACACAUAUUGCCACAUUGUGAUAUGCACAUUUUCAGAACUACAGACAAUUACAUAGUAGCUGCAGUCUACACUCCGCAUACUUAAUCCAGGUGAUUGGGGAGCGACUUGGGAAAGACAUGACUACUGGCAAUACUUAGGAUCCUACAGUACACCACUGAGCACAAACAGCCAAUAAUUAUUUCAACAAAUAAACUGGCAUUAGUAUCCCCCUCCCCAAUUGACUUAUAUUGUGUAUAGAGUUGAAAACUCAUGUAGCUAACCGAAUGUCCAUCUCUCUCCAUCUCCAUCCUCCGAACAUACAACCAGCGGUAGAUUCAGCCAUCCACUACUCUGAGCCUAAGUUGUGUCAUCAUAUCAUUUGUAAAAAGCAAAAUACAAACAACAACAAAAAAAAUCACAAAAGAAGAAAAAAAAAAGAGAGAAAAAAAAUCUGAAUACAAAAUGUAAUCGUCAUAAAGUCAGCACUGACCCUCCUUGCCUUUCCACCCGUCCCCCUCAGAACUCUUCCUUGCCUUCAAUUCACGAAUCUGUCUGCAACCCUGGGCUAGACCCAACACCUUCCAUUUGAACCCUGCACACCCUCCGCCGACCUCUGACCUUCCCUGUCCCACCCUGAACCCGUGCCCCGCCCAUCUCUGCAUGCGCCACAGAGCCUUGCUGCACUGCUUUUAUUCCAUUUGAAGCUUGUUGGACCAACCCUCAAACCCCCCGACCCCCGACUGUGAUGUCAUCUAGGCAGCACGACGACAAAUCAGUGCCAGGAUGCGAAUGGUUACAUGAUCAUGGCAGUGAUGUGGACUGUCAGAGAUAAACUGUGUGGUGUGUGUGUGUGUGUGUGUGUGUGUGAGUGUGUGAGGACAGAUUUGUCGCAGACGUAGGAAACACUCACCGACUGCGGCGCUGCCUGGAUGACAUCAUGCCCGCCAUUCAGCCAACCAACUGUAGAAUGCAAAAAGCAAUGCAAGUGUGGCAUGCCUCUGUACCCGGUGUGUACGGUGCCUGCCCUGGAAAAGUACAGAAAAAAAUAUAUAUAUCAACAAUAUAUAUAAAUAUAUUUAAAAAAAAGAAAAUAAGCUUCUUUUUUUUUUAGAUGAAAAUAUGAAAGAAAUGUGUGUUUCUUUGUUGAGGAAAAAAAAGAUAAAUUGUAACAUUUGCAUGAAAUGUGUCUUUGAAUGCAAAUAUCACUUUUAGGGGGAGAAACUCCUAGCACAUGGCAUACAGUGGAACCAUAGACUUGUAAUGUUUUUUUUUGUUUUUUAUAAUGGUUUAUUUUAUUUUAAAUUAUCUUAAUUAUCGUUGGUCAAGAGAAAGAAUCUUUAGGACUUUGCCAACUAUCUAAAAACCCUUAUGAAAUCAGAAAAAGAAAGUUAUUGAUUUGUCCGCAGAUUUAUCCAUUACUGGCUGGAGGACAAACGUUACUUUUCACUGAAAGCACCAUAGCUCUUCUUCUCUUUGCAGAAAACUUAACAUCUUCAGUGAAUGAUGCAAAAGAACUCAUGUAUUCCAAUGCAAAACAUAUUAUGAAAAAAAUCUUGUGGUACAUUAUGAGCACAGAGUGAAAUUAAAAUAUUUCAAAUAUCCGGCCCUCACAAAGGCAGUGACGGUGAAAUGAUCAGACUUUGCUUCAGGACAUCAGGAGAUGGUUCAAUUUAAAUAAAUAGAUAGAGUAUAUACCUGUAUUCUUUUGCACCUGACUUUGGAUUAUACUUGCCACAAUAUUUUUGAAUCAGUGACGUACGAACAGUGACCUUAAGCUGCUGAGAUGCCUACGUAUGUCAGGUACCAUGGCGCUAAGGCGUCGUCCCCUCGCUUCACGCUAUUCAAACCGUGUGAAAGGAGUCACAUUUAAAAAGAGGACUUAGCUCACGACAACUUCUUUGUACUUUUUAAUUUGAGUCCACCUAAGAUUUCCCCGUCUCUGAAGUUCUACAAAGUAAAUGCACAAAUGCACUGAGAGCAUCAAACAGUAUUGCUUUUUCUGAAAAAUACGCGUGUUAUGUUUUCAUCGGGCCCGGCAUGCGGAGGAUGCCCCACACUACCUUGACGCGUCUGCUUUGAAUGUGACAGAGACAGAGAGAAAGACAGACAGAAGAGGACCAGAAUGUAUAACAUGAUUUUUUUUUCUGGAGCAACAGCUACCACUGACCCUCAUACUGUACUUCCUACUAAAACUAAGCAGGAAAUUAGAUGACAGGAUGCACUUUUCCCCCCUCAAUCUGUUUCACUACAAGUCAAAUCUGGUAUCACAGUCGAAGGUGCCGAAGCCCCCGGAGACUCAUUUUGUGGGUGUAGGGUCCUUACAGUCUGACUCAUUCUGUACCAGACCUGGGUUGGGGGGUCUGAAGGCCGAGGGGUGCAGCGGAUUGUGGAAAAAAAAAAGAAGAAAUUGUAGUCUGAAGUCGCGCGGACGAAUGUGAAGCCUGUCGAUGCUGAGCCAUUUCUGCUGCUGCCAAUCUCAGUGUUUUUGCCUGAUGAAAUUGAAAAUGCUCCUUUGUGUGUUUUUAUUUAUUUUUUUGGAGGGGGGAGAAAUUAUUAUCGGAAAAUCGGUACGUACUCUGAACAAAGGUAAUGUUUCAAAGACGCCUUUGCCAAGGCCUUAUGCACUGGAACCAAACAAGUUCAAAUAUCUUGCGGGCUGCAUGGCUUGAGGUAGAGUUCAGAGGAGAUUUUUUGAAUUGCGAAGAUGAAAGUGCACUGACUAUAAUGCAUUUAUGUCCCUUUUUUUGUACUUCCUGUGAAUGCUAUGCCCUGUACCCCCCUUCACCUCCCAUCCGGAACUGGUAUAUUGCAUACUCAAGUGUUAGAAUGUAGUAAAUUAAAACUGUAUGCAACUUCUACCAGAGUGUAAAAUCUAGUGACACGCCAUGCCUCUGAAAUGUUCUGCUGAUGUACAAUCCCAAAAAAACUAAGCAAUCUCACACUGGUUUUUUUUUUUCUGUGAGCUUUUGAGUGGGAGUGGGCUUUCCUAUUUGUCGAGGUUCGAGAACUAUGCCACGUGAAGGCCUCUCCGGCAGGAGGAGGCUCAUCCGACGCCCUCUCUCUCUAACGGCAGACACAGAGGCACAAGCCGAGGCCGCUGACUUCAGCAGGGUUUUUUUUUUCCUUAAAAUGUGGCCACAUUCAGUUUCAACAGAAAGCAUUUUGUCACGAUCAAUAUUUUGUUUGGUUUCUCUGCCGGUGAAGGAGCAUGUAAUUCCAAAACUGUGGGCGUGUUGUCUUACCGCGUGAUGUGUGUGUGUCCAUGCCCAAUGGCCUUCGGGGGGGUGGGGUGAACACUCACAGGCAUGAAUGUAAACUGCCCGCAUUUAAGGUCUUGGAACGAGGAGAACGGUGGGAAAAGGGGUGAAAAGCAGCUAUCGGUUCUUUCAUUAAGUGAUGAAACCACUUCAUUAGACGUUUAGACAUUUUUUCUGUGUGUGAGAUUGUAAAUAGCCGUAUCUGUACUAUUGCUACUAAUGUAUUAUUUCCUUCAACCCGUUCAUCAUCUUUGCUGGGGUUUUUUUUAAGCCAAUCCUGGUGAGAGUUUAUUUUUGUCUCAGAAGAUGGCUGUCGCCCGGAAUGCUCCGCCUCAAGGAGGAGGGGCGAGGGGUUUGAGGGAGGACUGUACCACGCUUGGCCGUCACACGGGGGAGGGGAGGGUGUGGUGGGAGGAGGCCUGCAGCAUCAGAGCUCCACAGCAUGGACUCCCUCUCUCUCUGUGUCUCUCUCUCUCUCUCUCUCUCUCCACCUCUGGUGAGGACUCUGCUCCACUGUGGCGAAUACACGAGGACUCAUUUUUGGACUGAGGCCACAGUUGCCAGGAACACAUAAGCACUUGUAGCACAACUGUGUCUUGUUUUGCUAUGAGAGAACAGGUAGUUUUGAUUAUUUUUUCUUUUCUCUCAUAUUUCCUGUAAGAAUAUUCUUCUGUAUUACUGGUUAUAUACAAGACAUGAUACCACGAUUCCUACUAUGACCCGCAAGGCUAUUUUUUGGAGGUGACAGUAAUUUCUGCAUUUUUAUUCCUUAUGUGGCUCCAUUUUGUUCAACACAACCCCUUUACUAUAUUUAGUAUAAUUUGGAGAGAAAAAAAAUCCUGCCCACGUGCCAAUAAUCAAGCAAUAAAUACAAACACAAAAUAAUGAAACACUAUGUACAAGGAUAUUAAUAAAAAACACGAAAUGCUGCAUUAAUAUUACAUCCCCUUAUUCUGUACCAAUCGGUGGCAGUGAUGCCAGUAUUGCAACAUUACCACUCAUGAUAUAGAAGCCUGGAGGGAGGAGGGGGGUGUUUGAUUGUAAAAUAUUUUUUGUUUUUUUUGUAUUUUCUUUUACAAAGAUGUGUUUUUGAAAAAAAGCUCAAAAGUUGAAGUACACCGGUGUACCUCUGCAUAUUUGUACAGAUGUCAAUAGGAAACGGGGGAAAUGACAAGAGAGUGGGGACGGGGGUAACGGAUGCUAAAGGAUGAGCAGUUCAAGCAGACAGGAGGGGAAAAAGAGAAGAUGGCGUGGCCGCACUCUGAAAGUGCUCUCUGCUGUAGGUCUCUUAACAGAGCUUUUUAUUUAACCACAGAGACUUCCAAUUAACUCGAACCGCCGAGACGUGCACUGCAACCUUUACGAUUGCACCGUCAGUGCGAGUAGAAAUAAUCAAUUUAAAAACUAUGCUGCAGCUGCCGGAAUCACGACACGCCAAACCCGUGUUUGCUUUUCCCUACGAGUGAGAUUCUAAGUCUUUUUUUCUUCUUUUUCUUUUUUGAAUCUUCGAAGUUAGUAACUGUAAAGUUGUAAAGUAUAUUUUAUUGUAAAUAGCACCAGGGGGGUCAUUUUUACUCCUUUUGUAACAGAAACUGUGGAUUUAAGAUAUAUAAAAUAUAUUUUAAAGAUAUUUACAGCACUAAUAAAAGAGAUUCUACAGUAGUGCAGGUGUCUUAAUCUGUACUACCUCACAACAAUCCCAUACUGACUAACGGCAACCACUUUCGGCACGCGCCAUCUUAGCCCCGUUCACACACGCGGCCUCCCUCAUCCCGCCCUGUCUGCUUGAACUCUCAAAGAAAAAACAUCAGAGAUCGAAAAACAAAUGGCCACUGCUGCAGAUCUGCUAACUUAUAUCACAUAGCAGCCAUGGAUAUCCGUGGCUCUGGCCAGCGCUAUCAAGCCACACAGUAGGCUGCUGCAGUGCAAGGCGCUCUCUCUCUGCCCCGGAGCCCUUUCAUGGCUGUUGUCUGUUGCCAGGAAACCGAGCCGCACAAAGCACACAGCAGGGGAUUGAUAUGCAGCCACACUGUGGGGAGGCAGUCGGGUCAACCGGGCCGGCCAUGAUAGAGGAAUGGAAGGAUGGAUAGAUGGAAGGAAGAGAUGGAUAGACUUAGGAGGUUGGGGGGGGAGUUAAAUUGCAACUGAGGGAACUUUGUAACUUGGGGUAAGGGGGAUCUGGAGGGAAAGGAGGGGUGCUUUGACCAGGGUGAGGAAUUUGAGAAAAGAGGCCCCUCAGGCGCAUAAAGUCGAGCACUGAGUAAACAGUACCUGAGGCCCACUGGGUUGGAGAGGUUACGGCAAGAGAUGGGAGAGAGGUAAAAGGGGCAAAAGAGGAGGGGAGAGCGCCUAUGAAAACAGAUGCUGGUUCAACCGAUCUGCCCCCCCGCCCCGAACCCCAGUGAGACUGUAAACUGUUUUUUAUUGGGGUCCGCUUUAGCUUUUCCGUUCCCUUUCUACCGUUUCCUUUUGGAAGGACUGCUGUACUACCACACUGGGGUUUACUCUUAUUAUUGUGAUUAAUAAACGCUUUCUUUUAUACUGACCACACAACUGGAACACUGUAGAGAUGUAAAGAUGGGAUUUCUUGCAUUAUGACGAUGAUUGAAACAUGGAUGUACAUAUAUUGUAUCGAUUAAACAUGACAAUGCAUCAAGCUUUUA